CUGGGGCGCUUCCGGCUUCUCCCAAGGCCUGUGGACCAACGGCUUCCACCCCAGUCCUGGCGCCACCAGCCCGGUGUCUGUGGGCCAGCAGAGCCCCAGAGCGGGGAGGAGACACCCCCACACCCAACAGGCCUUCCGUGCCAGGAAGUUCCUCUCAGAGUCUUUCUGGAGCUUCCCUAGCUUGCUCCUCCUGGUCGGAGGUCCUGUGGGUGAACUCCAGAGCUAGCAAGAAGCCUCGCCAGGAAACUACCGGCUCCGGCUUCUCUGAAUACUCGGGGAACCAUGGCGGACACAGCUUCCCUUGCCUAGAGGAGAAAACAGUUACUUCAUAAAAACUUCAAAAAAGGACACACUACAUUUACUUAGAAAUGUUAAGAUUGUCCAAAAAAGGAAUACCCAGAUUUGAUCAAGUUCAAGAUGAAGAAAUUUACCUGGAAAAUUUAGCAGUACAGAGAAAUGCUUCUGCUUUUUUUGAAAAAUAUGACCGGAGUGAAGUACAAGAGUUACUAACUACAGCACUAGUUAGCUGGUUGUCUGCCAAAGAUGAUGUUCGCUCUCCACUGGACAUACCAUGUGGACUUAUGAGUCAAAUGAAUAACGUGGGCUUCUCCACAGCAAUCUUACUGACUCCUAUGGACCCAAGGGCCCUAUUAGACUACAGAGAAGUCCAUCAGAUCAUAAGGGAAUUGUCUGUUGGAAUUUAUUGCUUAAAUCAAAUCCCUUCAAUCAGUUUAGAAGCUAAUUAUGAUCAGAGUUCUUCUUGCCAGUUACCUCCAGCUUAUUAUGAUACCAGAAUUGGGCAAAUUCUGAUCUAUAUUGACUACAUGUUGAAAGCACUGUGGCAUGGAAUAUACAUGCCCAAAGAAAAACGAGCCCGAUUCUCUGAAUUGUGGCGUACUAUUAUGGACAUUGAUCCAGAGGGGAAACCUCAAACAAGUAAAGAUAUUUUUGCAGAGUUUAGUUCAGCAGGUGUGACUGAUAUUACAAAAGAUCCAGACUUUGAUGGAAUCUAUGAUGAAGACUUGAAUGAAGAUCCAACAUAUGAUCCCAACAGUCCUGAAGAAAAAGCUGUAUUUAUGAAAUAUGCUGAAUAUAUUAUGCUAAAGUUGACAUUCAGUACCACACAAGUUCAACAAUAUGAAAAUGUCUUUAUAUUUGAUACAGCCUAUUGGCUUACCAAUGCUAUACAAUGUAAUCAGGAUUAUCUUGAUAUCUGUACCUACCAGAGAUUACAGCAAAGGUUGUAUCUUCAAAAAAAACUUAUUCAAAAACACUUUGAGAAGAAAAGUGAAGUCAGAAGAGGCAUAGGCUAUCUAAAGUUGAUAUGUUUUCUGAUUCCGUUUUUACUGAGUUUAAAAAAGAAGAUGAAAGUCCCAUACUUAAAUGGUCUGCUUCAGCCUUUUUCAGAUGACAAGGUCAAGACCGAGCGAGAACUGCCUCCAUUUAUUUAUGGUCGAGAUUUUAAAUGCCAGCAUUUUCACUACAAAGAGAAUCAAUAUUUUCAUGUUCAUGGAGGAAUUGAAUUUGAUAUCAGUACCCCUUCAAUUGAGAGUGCUUUGGAAGAUUUUAAGAAAAAUUUAGAGAAAAUACGGGAUUGUGCUGCUAAUACGUUUGCAGAUGAUUCAGGCUACAAAGAAUAUUACUCAAUACCAGUUAUGGAAUUUCAUGGGAAAAGCUACUAUGUGAUCUAUUUUGAUCUUGAAAUUUUCUAUCAACAAUUAUAUAAGACACAGUGGUGGGGAGCUAUAAAUGAAAUAGUGAACACUUUAAGAGUGAAAAGACUUCCGCUGACAGAUGCUCAAUUACAUGAACAAUUUAAAAAAAAGUUUGGCUUCAAAAAAGCUAUAAAAUGCAAGAGUAUCCCAUUUGGUUUGAAGGCUGCUGUAGAAAGAGGGUUAUCUGCUGUUUUCCAUACAUUUAGCCGAAAAACCUCAAGCUCAACAAUCAAUGUUUCAGAUGAAGCAGGUUAUGCCAUCUUCCAUCAUGCUGCUCUGCACAACAGAGUGCCUAUUAUAUGUCAACUGUGCAAUGCUAAAUUCAACGUCAACCAAAGACGCUUUAUUAUGUUCAGCCAAGAGCCAUCCAAAAUGGACAUGAAAAAAGAAAGAAAUGGCCCGACACCUCUGCACCUGGCUGCACAGGCUUGCUCAUUAGAAACAACAGUCUGUCUACUCUGUUUCAAAGCUGAUUACACACUUUCUGAAAAAAGAGGAUGGAUGCCGAUUCACUUUGCUGCUUUCUAUGACAACAUCUGCAUCAUCAUUGUCCUUUAUAGGAAGGAUCCUACUUUGCUAGAAGCUGAGGCUACAGCUGAGAAUCAGUGUACUCCAUUGCUACUUGCUGCUACUUCAGGAGCACUGGAAACUAUUCAAUAUCUGUUUUCUCUUGGUGCUAACUGGAGAAAAACAGAUAUUAAAGGAAAUAAUAUAAUUCAUUUAUCAGUGCUAACUUUUCACACAGAAGUACUCAAGUAUAUAAUAGAAUUAAAUAUUCCUGAACUUCCAGUUUGGAGAACUUUAGUAGAAAUGUUGCAGUGUGAAAGUUUUAAACGAAGGAUGAUGGCCGUCAUGUCCUUAGAAGUAAUUUGCUUAGCAAACGAUUGCUAUUGGAAAUGUAUUUUGGAUGCAGGCACCAUUCCUGCCUUAACCAACCUAUUAAAAAUUCCCAAAAUAAAAUUACAAUGCAAAACUGUUGGGUUAUUGAGUAAUAUUUCAACUCAUCUAAGUGUAGUGAAUGCUUUGGUAGAAGCAGGAGGCAUCCCAGCUUUGAUUAAUCUUCUGCUUUCUGAUGAACCUGAACUACACUCUCGCUGUGCUGUCAUUCUGUAUGAUAUCGCUCAAUCUGCAGACAAGAAUGCCAUUGCCAAAAAUAAUGGAAUCCCAGCUCUGAUAAAUCUCUUGACAGUAAACAUAGAAAGUGUGUUAGUAAAUAUUAUGAAUUGUUUACGUGUAUUAUGUACAGGAAAUGAAAACAAUCAAAGAGCAGUAAAAAACCAUAAAGGCAUCCCACACCUUAUCAGAUUUCUGAAUUCUGACUCUGAUGUGUUGAAGGCUGUUUCAUCUGCUACAAUUGCUGAGGUUGGGCGUGACAAUAAGGAAGUUCAGAACGCUAUAGCUAUGGAAGGAGCGAUUCCGCCCCUGGUAGCUCUUUUUAAAGGGAAACAAAUUAGUGUCCAAAUGAAAGGUGCAAUGGCUGUGGAAUCACUGGCAAGUUAUAACCCUUCUAUACAGAAGGCAUUUCUGGAAAAAAAUUUAACUAAAUAUCUCUUAAAACUCCUAAAGGCAUUUCAAAUAGAUGUUAAGGAGCAAGGAGCUGUAGCACUUUGGGCCUUGGCAGGACAAACACUGAAACAACAAAAAUAUAUGGCAGAACAGAUUGGAUACAACUUUAUAAUAAAUAUGCUUCUGUCACCAUCAGCUAAAAUGCAGUAUGUUGGAGGUGAAGCAGUCAUAGCUCUGAGUAAGGACAGCAGGAUGCAUCAAAAUCAAAUAUGUGAAGGGAAUGGAAUUGCACCAUUGGUUCGUUUACUAAGAAUUAGUAAAAUAGCUGAAGGCACACUUCUCAGUGUCAUCAGAGCAGUGGGAUCCAUUUGUGUUGGUGUCGCCCAUACAAGCAAUCCUGUUAGUCAACAAUUUGUUGUAGAUGAAAAUGCCCUUCCUGUACUUAUCCAACUACUAAGAAAUCACCCUUCACCUAAUAUUAAGGUUGAAGUGGCAUUUUCCUUAGCAUGUAUUGUCCUAAGGAAUGAAGAGUUGCAGAAUGAAUUACAACAGAAAGAAGGAUUUAUGUAUUCUGAUGUCCUUUAUCUUCUUCACUCAACAGAUAAGGGUAUUUGCUUAAGAGCAGGCUAUGCAUUAACUCUUUUUGCCUUCAACAAUCGCUUUCAACAAUACUUAAUACUGGAAAAUGGAAUAAUGACCAUAUCAAUUUUUGAACCUUUUCUUAAAUCAACAAUUGAAACUGAGAGGGCAAUGGCAGCAUUUCAGAUUAUUGUAUUAGCUAAAGUCAUUAUAGAUGUGGACCACAUUACUUUGUCUGCACGAGGUGUUACUAUUUUAGUUGAUAGUCUGUAUUCAGUUCAGCCAACUACUCUUGUUUUGACAGGAAACUUAAUUGCUAGCCUGGCUCAUUCUAGAGCUGGUAUUCCAGAAGCAUUUACUACAUUAGGAACGAUCCAUCAACUCUGCUACCAUUUGUACUCAGGAAGAGAAGAGGUUCGAGCAGCUUGCUCCUGUGCUCUUGGCUACUUAACUUACAAUGCAAAUGCUUUUCGCAUCCUAUUAAAUGAAUGCAGGAAUAAACCUAAUCAGUUCCUUCGUAUAACAAAUAAUAUCAGCAGAGAUGCAAGUAUUAACCCAGUAUUUUUAAAGGAAUUUCAAAUGAAACAAAUGGUGGGACUUCCUUCUUUAAGUCUGGAGAGGAAUGGAGGACCGUCCAUAAUUCCUGUCUUUAAAAAAGGGAAAGAACACCGAAGAAAAGCAAAACCUAAAAUUCAACCAAAAGAUUCUUUGACUUUAAUACCUCCUGUAACUAACUUCAUGGGACUCUUCAAAAAAGCAAAACAGACCACUGUUUCCCAUAAUGUUUUUUCUUUUUCAUCUGCAAUUUCAUCAGAUAUCAUAAAUGUAUCAAGACCAAGAAUAGCGUGUUUGAACCAACUUGGGAAACAUGAACAGAAAGCCAACCCAGAGAAUGCAGAAGGCUAAUAAAAAAGAAAUGAGUAUGAAAGGAUUCCUGAGAAAUUAAAAAUUUUUAAAAGUAUGAUAAAA